UCUGUUCAUUAUUAGCCUCUUUCUAAAGUAAUGUUUUAAACUGGAGGAGUAGCUCCCUGGCAGAGCAGAUGCUUAGGAUGUGCAAGGCCACAAAGUCAGUCCCCAGCACCAAAGCAGAAACAUAUAUACCCUACAGCACUUAGGUUCAAAGAAAGGCUGUAGCUGGCUGCUCAGGGAACCCCGCUCUGGUUGUGGCGCUGCCAGGCCAGUCCCAUAAGCCACAGAAUGUGGAAUGUUGUGAACACCACCCGUGAGGAAGACAACUGCCAUUUCCCUCUUCUCUGUCUCUCCCAUCAGGCCGAGUAUGAAGUCGCUGUUGAUGAGGAUUGCAGAGACUGUGCACUGUCUAUCUUGGGCAGGUUCUUCAGUCAGGAGAACUCGGAAGCUCCUUUACCAGAGAUCCCCGUGGCUGCUGUGAAAGAAUGCAGAUGGGAUCUGAAGCACAACUCCUCCAAAAACGCCUUCAAGGGAUGUAAGAGUGCUGUCCAUAACUACUUGAGUAAAGAACCAUUUGAAGAAUACAAAGAAAGCACAUAUUUCUCUCGAUUUUUACAAUGGAAAUGGCUGGAAAGGCAGCCAGUAACCAAGAACAUGUUUAGACAUUACAGAGUUCUGGGAAAAGGCGGAUUUGGAGAGGUUUGUGCCUGUCAAGUGCGAGCUACAGGAAAAAUGUAUGCCUGCAAAAAGCUAGAAAAAAAAAGAAUUAAGAGGAGGAAAGGUGAAGCUAUGGCUCUGAAUGAAAAAAGACUUCUGGAAAAAGUGCAUAGUAGAUUUGUAGUUAGUUUAGCCUACACUUAUGAAACCAAAGAAACCUUGUGUUUGGUGCUAACCAUCAUGAACGGAGGGGACUUGAAGUUCCACAUUUACAACAUGGGCAGCUCCGGCUUCGAUGAAAAGGCUGUUUUCUAUGCUGCGGAGGUGUGUUGCGGCUUGGAAGACUUACAGAGAGAAAGAAUUGCAUACAGAGACUUAAAGCCAGAGAAUAUCCUCCUGGAUGACUAUGGACACAUCCGGAUUUCAGACCUCGGGUUAGCCCUGGAGGUCCCAGAAGGCCAGAUGGUGCAAGGAAGGGUUGGAACCGUUGGCUACAUGGCUCCAGAAGUUAUCAAUAAUGAAAAGUACACAUUUAGCCCUGAUUGGUGGGGCCUUGGCUGUCUGAUCUAUGAAAUGAUUCAGGGACAUUCUCCAUUCAGAAAGCCCAAAGAGAAAGUCAAGCGGGAAGAGGUCGAGCGGAGAGUGAGGACAGACCCUGAGGAGUACUCGGAGAAGUUCUCAGAGGACGCCAAGUCCAUCUGCAGGAUGUUGCUCACCAAGAAUCCGAGCGAACGGCUGGGCUGCAAGGGCGAUGGUGCGGCUGGGGUGAAGAAGCACCCCGUGUUCAAGGGCAUUAACUUCCGAAGGCUGGAGGCAAAUGUGCUGGAGCCCCCUUUCCGUCCUGAUCCAAAUGCUGUCUAUUGUAAGGACGUCUUGGACAUCGGGCGGUUCUCCGUGGUGAAGGGUGUCUACCUGGACACCACAGACGAGAGCUUCUAUGCUCAGUUUGCAACAGGGUGUGUCCCCAUCCCCUGGCAGAAAGAGAUGAUCGAGACUGAGUGUUUCAAGGACGUGAAUGACCGUGAAAAUGAGCGUCUGGAGGAGAAGUUACAUGCCCCACCUCCAAGGCCGAAGAGGAACCUCUUCUACAAGUUCUUCAGAAGAAUGUACACAGAACACACCUUACAUGGGCUGCCUGAGGACCAGCUGCUGAGAGGAAGAGAGCCCACAGGACGCUGACCGUCACCUUGCAAACCUUGGAGCCUGCCCAGUGCCGAGGCAGAGCCGUGCCCGGUGUCCUAAUAAAUGCAGCCUGCAACUUGGUG